AUGGCGGAGGAGUAUAAACAGGCCCUUCUGAACAACGAUUUCCAUGAAAACUGCCCGGGUGUAAGGUUGAACGGCAAAAACAGUUUCAACGAGGUAUCCCCAUCAAGCAACUGGUCUCUAUAUGGAUUGUGGUCCUCUGCACAGCAUGCUACUGAGCCGAGCUCAGCUGGUUGGCCUGUUCCCUUGCUUGGCUCGAUCAAAUUCGAGCAAUUGUGGAUCAAGAUUGAGCUUUUAAACCAUAGCAGUUCAUUUGUUGAACUCAAUUGA